CUUGAUCGGCGCAUGUGUGGCAAGAAUGGUGGAGCAGCGAUGAGAUUCACUCCACGUCGUUCUGUAUCUUAUUUUCAUUUUCUCAAAUAGAUUUAUGCGAUAAAAGACAAUGGCAGAAUUAUUGUUGGAUCCGAAUAUUCGAGGUUGGGUAUUUUUACCUAUAGUAGUGAUUACUUUUCUCGUCGGUAUAAUUCGCCACUAUGUUUCGAUAUUGCUCGCUUCGCAGAAAAAGGUCGAGCUUCAUCAAGUGCAAGAUAGUCAAGUCAUGAUACGCUCCAGGCUACUCAGAGAGAAUGGACAAUAUAUACCAAAAGUAGCUUUUAUGACCAGGAGACAUUUUUUCAAUAAUGAAGAGACUGGAUAUUUCAAGACUCAGAAGCGUGCUCCUGUUUCUCAAAAUCCUAUGACCGAUCCAAAUAUGAUGACUGAUAUGUUAAAAGGAAAUGUGACCAAUGUAUUACCUAUGGUAUUAAUUGGUGGUUGGAUUAAUUGGAUGUUUUCUGGAUUUGUAACAACUAAAGUACCAUUUCCAUUAACACUACGAUUCAAGCCAAUGUUGCAACGGGGUAUAGAAUUAGUUACAUUGGAUGCAGCAUGGGUUUCUUCAGCUUCAUGGUAUUUUCUUAAUGUAUUUGGACUAAGAUCUAUUUAUACACUCGUGCUUGGUGAAAAUAAUGCUGCGGAUACUACGAGAUUAGUACAAGAUCAAGUUUCGGGUGCUGCAAUGUCUAUGCCACCUGAUCCAAAAGCAGCUUUCAAAUCUGAAUGGGAGGCAUUAGAGAUCUGUGAACAUAACUGGGCUUUACAGGGAGUAGAUGUUGAAUUUAUGGGUAUUCAAUCGAAAUCAGAUACAGUUGACAAUAUAUAUCAUCAAGGUAAAGCAAAUUGAGGUUUAGUAAUAAAAUUAUUUUUCAUAAA